AUGCUCCGAGGACUCAAGCCGUGGCAGCGCUUUGCCUUUACCUCCUUGCGACCGCAGAUUCCAGUCGCGGCCAUGUCGACAUCUACCAGCAUUCCCGACCAUGGUCUAGACUCCUUACCCGUUAGCUGCCCAUCGGAGCUAUCCAAAGAGGAAUUGUCGCGAUUUCCAGCCUUCCGUGUUUGGUUUGCUACAUUGCAACGCUCCUUGGGCCGCCAGAAACACCCAUCGCACGAGUUUCAUACCGACCCUUUUGUUCUACGCAAGAUCGAUGUGCAAGCGGUGGAUUUCUUCAAAGGCGGGAGGCUGGGCUUCGUGAAACUCAAAGUAGACGUAUCCAAUGCCAGCGGCGAGAGUCUACCUGGAAGCGUCUUCCUGCGCGGCGGAAGCGUUGGGAUGCUGCUCCUGCUCCAACCAGACGAUGUUCCUUCUGCUUCAGAAAACGACAAAUGGGCCGUCUUGACUGUACAGCCACGUAUACCCGCCGGUUCACUCGCGUUCUCCGAAAUCCCAGCUGGUAUGCUCGAUGAUAGCGGUGCGUUUGCGGGCAAGGCGGCGGAAGAAAUUGAGGAGGAAACAGGCUUGAGGAUCUCACAAAGCGAAUUAGUGGACAUGACUUCGCUCGCACUACAGUCAACGGACGGGUCGGAGGAUGGCGAGACGCUCCAAAAAGCAGUAUAUCCAUCCCCUGGUGGCAGCGACGAGUUCAUACCUUUGUUCUUAUGCGACAAGCGAAUGCCGCGCAAAGAUAUUGAAGCCUUGCAAGGAAAACUGACCGGUCUACGACAGCACGGGGAGAAGAUCACGCUGAAAGUUGUGCCAUUGAAGGAUCUAUGGAAAGAGGGCAUUCGAGACGGAAAGACCCUUGCUGCUUGGGCUUUGUACACAGGUCUGAAGAGAGACAACAAGCUUUGA